CAGAAAGUCACAUGUGGAUCACAUGAUCUGUAAAUACAGUGUAUUAGCUUGAUCUUCGUUAUCAAAACAUCAGUAUUAGUUAUGUGUGUUAUGACUUCUGAAACACAACGGACGUGCUUAUACCAUUUGUAGAGAGGCGCUGUUUUAUGAUGGUUGACUUACGUAAGAAAUUGGUCAUCGUUAUCCUUGUUUUCUGUUUACCAUCUGUGAAUGCUCAAGAUGCCUGUUCAACAGGAUUGUGUCGAUGUUCACAGCGCACGGCAACAUGUAAGAAUGCAAAUCUAACCUACAUUCCAAAAUUCCCAUUGAGAAUCACAGCAAUACACUUCAACAAUAAUUAUUUACCUCAUAUCGACUCAACAACGUUUUUAAAUAUCAGCAACAGGAUACGAAUCAUUACAUUACACAAUAAUGGCAUUCAAAGUAUCGACGAAAAUGUGUUUCAAAAUCUAUCAAAUUUUAAUGUUCACUUAUUGGACUUGUCUAACAACAGAAUCAAAUUGUUUAAUAUUUCGACCUUUCUACCUAUUAAAUACUUAAGUGUGUUACGUCUAGGGAAUAACAAAAUCUCGACCAUCGUAGCGGGCGUUAUUAAAAGUCUAACAUCCAUCUCUAUUAAUAACAACAAUUUGGAUAACUUGCCAAACUUUUGUGAUCACCAAUCCUCUUUUCCAAUUUUAAGGAAAAUAACUCUCCAGGGCAACCAUAUUGAAAACUUUUUUCCAGAAAACUUAAACUGUAUGGAUAAGUUGGAACACCUGAAUUUGAAUGAAAACGCCAUCGUCUCUCUGAAAACGGAUUAUUUUCAUUCUUUCAGGUCUCUGACCUGGCUAUCUAUCCAAAACCAAGGGAGUCCAGAUCCGUUAAUUAUACAAGAACGUGCUUUCAACAACAGCAAAAUCCUUACCCUGAUGCUGUCAAUAAACAAGUUAUCUACUGAUCACUUGAACGAACAUGCCUUCGAUGGAUGUGAUAAUUUACGAAAAUUAGACUUGUCUAAAAAUGAUUUUGUUCAAAAUGAGGAAAAAUUAAAUGUCGCGCUUGCCCCUCUGAAAUCUCUUAAAAAAUUAUAUCUAAAUAGAUGUAGAUUACAAAGUAUACCCAUUGUUGUAGCUAAAUUUCUUCAACGUCUAAAUUAUUUGUAUAUUGGUUUAAAUAGAAUUAAAUCAUGGCCUGAUAAUUUCUUUGAAAAUAAUACUGAUUUGCAAGACUUAAACGUGGCGGACAAUUCAAUUCAGACUAUUACAAAUAAAAUGUUGCCUAAAAUGUUAAGAGAAAGACUGAAAAUAAUAGCAUUGGGCAACAACCCAUUCGUGUGUAAUUGUGAAUUAGUUUGGUUAAUUCAGUGGAUUCAUCGAGAACCAGACAAGUUUUUUGAAUAUCCUAAGGGAUACAGUUGUCUCAAAAUAACUGAAAAAAUAUGUCUGAACAACACAGGACUUUUUAUUUCAGUGACAACUGUUACGUGUUUCUUUAUCUUUGUUAUUUUCACCAUGUCCGUUAUCUACAAAUAUAUCUGGCAUAUUAAAUAUCAUAUUUAUAUGUUGAGAUACAGACCUGGGCAGUUAUUGGAUAUUGCAGAGAAACAUUAUGUUUAUGACGUGUUUGUUGCGUACUGUGUAGAAGAUAGUGACUGGGUUAGAGAUAAUCUUGUACCUAUCAUGGAAGAGGGUGAAAAUAUUAAACUGUGUAUCCACGAAAGAGAUUUUCAAGGUGGAAGACUUAUCAUGGAUAAUAUUGUACAGCAUAUGGAGAGCAGUCGUAAAGUUCUUGUUGUUUUGUCCAAUGAUUUUGCUAGAAGUAAAUGGUGUCAGUUUGAAAUGAGUUUAGCAGAGAGACUAGUUAUAGAUAUGAGUAUAGAGUCAAUAGUAGUCGUAUUACUAGAAAAUAUAGCAACAGUUAAUAUGAGUAAGUCAUUGAACGCCCUAUUAAAAACAACUACUUAUAUCUCAUGGGAUGAUGAAGGCGAGGAAGAUGUAUUUUGGCAUAAAAUAAAAACAUCACUAAAACGCCCAUAUGAAUUAUGAUCAAACCAGAGUACACACAGCUCCUACUCGGUAAGACUUGCUGCAUGAAAGUAGGACGUUAAACCUUAUUUCAUUUCUACUCGGGAGGUGGGUGGUCUGUGUAUAGUCCAUUUGGAUCCUGUAUUUUAACAUUUUAAGAGAAGAAACGUCUGAUUUAAGCGCUUGUUUUUGUAUUUUUAAUUUUUGGUAUUUUUUUUUUAUCUAGGAAAUAUUACAACCUUCAAUUUAAAAAUGUUUCCUUAUAUAGAGAGCUGUGUUUUACUGUGUUGGUAUUAUAUUACAACCUUCAAUUUAAAAAUGUUUCCUUAUAUAGAGAGCUGUGUUUUACUGUGUUGGUAUUAUAUUACUAGAAAUAAUAUGUAUCAUCCUCAGAGGCGUUUAUAAAUAUAUAUAUAUAUUUCGAUAUGCGUAUAUUAUACUAUAAUAUAUAAUCUGUUGAUCUAAUUUCCAAGUAUUUAUUGUUAAUGUUUUAUCUUAUAUUUUUUUUUAUUAUUUUUUUAUGCAUCUUAUAAAAUGCGCCGGGGUAUACUUAACCUGUUACCAGUGGACGCUUACAGUUAUAUCUUCUGAUGGGUCUCGUAGUUCCAUAUCCAACCGAUUUAACCCGAUUACGAACAGUUCAGAAGGAUGGUGGUGGUGAGGUGACCAUUCCUUUUUAACAUAGUGCUUGGCGCAAACAAUGAUGUUCCAAGAGUCUCAGUAGUGAUGUGUCGUCUCUUGCUGACGUAUUGCGAGGUUUGCCAGAACGUUGACGAUCCUUUACGACAUCAGUCUUUUCAUGUUUUUGCAAUAAUCGAUUAUUGUCGGAGGAGUGGUGACCCAACGGUCGCGCAUCUGUCUCACUGACACCCGAGCAUUCCGCUGUAGUGAGUUGUCCCGGUCCCGUUGGGAAAUACAGACAGUGGACACAGCGAUUUUGAAACUUUCCUCAAUCCAAUGGCUGAUAACCCAAACAUGCUUUCUAUGGCACAACGGAUCUUUUACGUGCUGCACUUGCAGCUUCCACUUGAAUAUAUUUAUUUACGUGGGUGCAUACGUUAACUUAUAAACUUCUCAUGGGUGCAUAAACGUUCGGGUGUUUUUCUCGGUGUAUAUUUAGUGAUUUGUUCUGUUAUGGCCCAAACAGUUUUUUAUUUAUCACACACAAUCUGUAGUAGGCCUGCUUUUGUCGAAAUAAAGUUUACAUUUGUUUCUUUUGCUUGUGUGUUUUAGACAAAAAAAGUAAUACCAAUUCUAUUCUGUCAUAGUUUUCGUUCAGAACUGUUUAUUACCCACGAAGCUUUUUUAUCAUUAAAGUUAUUAAAAUAGUA